AUGAAGGCACCUGUGGAGUUCAAGUUUUUCCAGGCAACUAGAAAAAGAAAGAAAGUGAUGAAGGCUAAUCAAAGAGUGGCAGAGUGGCGUUAUGGGCCUGCCCGGCUGUGGUACGAUAUGCUUGGUGUCCCUGAAGAUGGCAGUGGGUUUGACUAUGGCUUUAAAAUGAGGAAGACUGAGCUUGAACCUACAAUAAACUGCAACAUGAUGAAGGUAAACAACUCUGAAAUUAAGGAACUUGAGGAAAGCAAUGGCAUUGAUCUCCUGGCAGAUGAAAACUUCCUAAUGGUGACACAACUGCAUUGGGAAGAUGAUAUCAUCUGGGAUGGGGAGGAUGUCAGACACAGAGGAAUAAAACCUCAGCGUGCAAGUUUUGCAGCCACAUUGGAUCCUGAUAAACCUCGGUACUCCAUUUUCCCCAUCGAUAGUGAAGAUCUGGUAUAUGGACAACAUGUCUCAACCAGAAGUGAAGAUCCGUGGAAUCUCUCCAAUGAUGAGUAUUACUAUCCCAAGCAACAGGGUCUUCGAGGUACUUUUGGAGGGAAUAUUAUCCAGCACUCGAUUCCAGCUGUAGAAUUAAGGCAGCCCUUCUUCCCCACGCACAUGGGACCCAUCAAACUCCGGCAGUUCCACCGCCCACCUCUAAAAAAGUACUCCUUCGGGGCACUAUCUCAGCCAGGUCCACACUCGGUCCAGCCUUUGCUGAAGCACAUCAAAAAGAAGGCAAAGAUGAGAGAACAAGAGAGGCAAGCCUCAGGCGGUGGAGAGAUGUUUUUCAUGCGCACCCCUCAGGACCUCACAGGCAAAGAUGGCGACAUUAUUCUUGCAGAAUACAGUGAGGAAAAUGGACCAUUAAUGAUGCAAGUUGGCAUGGCAACCAAGAUAAAAAACUACUAUAAACGGAAACCCGGAAAAGAUCCUGGAGCCCCAGAUUGCAAAUAUGGAGAAACUGUUUAUUGCCACACCUCUCCUUUCCUGGGCUCGCUUCAUCCUGGCCAGUUACUGCAGGCAUUUGAAAACAACCUUUUUCGUGCUCCAAUUUAUCUUCAUAACAUGCCAGAGAGUGACCUCCUGAUCAUUCGAACACGGCAGGGUUACUAUAUUCGAGAAUUACUGGAUUUUGUGGUGGGCCAGCAGUGUCCCUUGUUUGAAGUUCCCGGUCCUAACUCCAAAAGGGCCAAUACACACAUCCGAGACUUUCUUCAGGUGUUUAUUUACCGCCUCUUUUGGAAGAGUAGAAAUACGCCACGGAGGAUCCGGAUGGAAGUUAUAAAGAAAGCCUUUCCUUCACAUUCAGAAAGCAGCAUCCGGAAGAGGCUAAAGCUCUGUGCUGACUUCAAACGUACAGGGAUGGAUUCAAACUGGUGGGUGCUGAAGUCUGAUUUUCGUUUACCAACGGAAGAGGAGAUUAGAGCCAUGGUAUCACCAGAACAGUGCUGUGCUUAUUAUAGCAUGAUAGCUGCAGAGCAGAGACUAAAGGAUGCUGGCUAUGGAGAGAAAUCCUUUUUUGCUCCCGAGGAAGAAAACGAAGAAGAGUUCCAGAUAAAGAUUGAUGACGAAGUUCGUACGGCUCCUUGGAAUACUACAAGGGCUUUCAUUGCUGCCAUGAAGGGCAAAUGUCUCCUGGAGGUGACUGGAGUAGCAGAUCCCACAGGCUGUGGUGAAGGGUUCUCCUAUGUGAAGAUUCCAAACAAACCAACACAGCAGAAGGCGAGAGUCUUUGGGUUUCUAGAAAUCAAAAGAGGAAGGAAUGAGGUUUGGUCAGGAGAUGAAGAGUGGAAGGAUGAUAAGGAGCCCCAGCCAGUGAAAAAGAUAGUCACAGGAACAGAUGCAGACCUUCGUCGUCUGUCUCUGAAAAAUGCAAAGCAGCUUCUUCAAAAAUUUGGUGUGCCUGAGGAAGAGAUUAAAAAGUUGUCCCGCUGGGAAGUUAUUGAUGUAGUACGCACAAUGUCAACCGAACAGGCUCGCUCUGGAGAGGGCCCCAUGAGUAAAUUUGCCCGUGGAUCAAGGUCUGUGGCUGAGCAUCAAGAGCGUUACAAAGAAGAAUGUCAGCGCAUCUUUGACCUGCAGAACAAGUAUGUAGAUUCAGUAGUGUAG